GAGCCGGACGCGUCGCCCGAAGGACUCGCUUUUCUUGGAGCUGUUGACUGGCUCAAGGAACACGGAGAGAAAGUUGUUGUCUGCCAACUGGCCUAUCUGCCGGCUGGUGGCAUGAGCAACUUGCCUGGUGGCAUGAGCACUCACUGAUGCUACUUAUUACGAAGAUCUGCACACAUACACACAGAGCACACAGAGCACGCACCGACGUCCUCUUCCAGACCCUCAAAUCCGAACUCGACUUAGACUCCGGUGCCGGAGUCUCACCGGAGUCCCGCUCCCGAGCGGCGCCGGGUCUGGCGCCGGCACCAGGUCUGGAACGAAGGCAGAUUGAAGACAUGAAGUCCCAGGUCUUGUGAGCGUGCAGCUCGAAGACCGCAUGGUAAAGGGAAGCCAAGUGAGACGACCCUGUUUCCAAUAGGUUUCAAGUGCGUACUGAAGGUGCCUAUAGGUUUCAGAGGUUGUUUGAUUUGGCCAUCACGAGGGCUGAAGCUGAUCUUGCUCGGACAGAGGUUCAUCUGGGUGUUCCAGGGGUGCUACUGUCAGACAUGGUAUUUUCUCUCUCUCUCUCUCUCUAUGCACACACGCACACAGACACACACACACUAUAUAAAUCAAUAUUAAUAUUCAAAUAAGGCUAGCGUCUCAUAAUGGGGUGCUGAGGAUCAACUUGCACUGAAGGGAGAUUCCACAGAUAGAGCUCUCCUUCGUGCCAAGCUUGAAAACUAGAACAAGUGUGGCAAGAAAUGGCAUGCAGCAAAGAAUAGCAAGAUCAAACGUCCAAGAUGGGCAAUCUUUUUGGUGGAGACAUUGUAAACGACAGGAACAGAACAAGAACGAAGGAAGACACUGUCUUGGCACUUAGGAAUGAUCGAAGCCCUCAUCCUUGGAAGCAGCCUUUGCCUUCUUGCCGCAGCGCAGCAAGAAUGUGAUGCGACCUUGGAGGUGUCAACUUUGAAGGGUCCAGAUUCAUGCACUCCGGACGGCAUCAAGAAGCUCACCAAGCCCCAGGAGAAAGCCUUUGCCGAGUGUACGCUGGAAUGUGCCAAAGCCUACACGGUGAAAUUUGCAGAAGGGAAGCCAUCCAACAUGGCCGUGGCCAUCUCGAAAUCGAAAGAAUGCUCCAACAAGGACCUGGGCAUGACCUUUCAGUGCAGCGAGAUACCACUGACCUGUGCAAAGCCAUUCGACGAGUUUCCGAACUCCUGCAGUGGCAUCGUGCCCAUCUACUCUGGUAUUGACUAUUUCGUCGCCUUCUAUGCCUACUGUGCGGAAAAGGGGCCCAACUCUUAUCAAAAAAUCUUGGACACAAAUCUCCUCCUCUCGGAUGCAAACGUAUGUCAAGGUGAGUACUCAUACACUACACAGAGUGGCGGGAAUUGCCUUGGACUGCAAGGGGGCCAAACCUCCUGCGACAAGAUGGAUGGGCCUCCAGAACCACCCGAGGUCCCCGGGAUGCCUCAGCCGUUUCCCUUGGCUGGCUUCGGUGGUGAUCAAUGUGAAGCCAAUCUGAAGAAGGAGACCAUGGCGGGCCCUGGAGGUUGCACACCGGAAGGAGUCGCCAAGAUCACCGACCCCCAGGAGAAGCUGGUCAUCGAGUGCUUUCAUGAGUGUGCUUCAUCAUACACCUUGCAGUGGAAAGCAGGCUCCACUUGGAAAGUGGCUGUUGCAGUACCCAAAACGAAAACAUGUUCCAAGAUGAGCCAGCUCGUGUGUGCUCCAGUUGCCUUGACAUGUACCAAGACCUUUGGCGAGUUCCCCAAUGCCUGUGCGGGUGUUGUGACGAUGGGAGCCCCAUUCUAUGUGGCUUUCUACUCCUAUGGUGAGCUGGUGGAUGGAAAGGUCACUACCGUCUUGGAUACCGCUGUGGUGGCAGACGCCAAUACCGUUUGUUCCGGCAAAUACUCGGUCGACAGUGGCCACUGCAUGGGCAUUGCCUCUGGAGAAGCCGCUUCUGAGGUGGUGAAGCCCCCGGCACCUCCUCACGUGGAUGGUUUGCCUAUCGACCAUUGGCCCAUGCCAGAUCCAACCCCCGCGGAGUCCACGGCGAAGCCCACCGAGAAGCCCACGGCGAAGCCCGAUGGAACAACGGAGCAGCCCGACGGACCAGCGAAGAAACCAGAAGAGACAUCGGGAGGUCAUCCUCUUUUAUGGAUCAUGCUAGGUCUGAUUGUGGUGGCAAUUGUUCUGGCAGCCUUCUAUGUCCGACGCAAUCGCUUAUUGGAAGAUGAAAGGAGGCUUCGAGACGCCCAAGAAGUGGAGAUCCAAGGCUGAAGCCGACAGCAGAGCGAAGCCUGAAAUGCAGAGGUCAUGACAGAUGGAUUGGACACAAAAAGCAGAGUUCCCAC